UUGAAUGUACACUACACACAUACGCACCGUGAUAAACCACAGUACGAGUGUGAGGAAUGUCAUACGGUAUUUGCGGUGAAACGAGAGUUAAGCACUCAUAUGCGCAUUCAUAGUGGGGAACAACCACACAGUUGCACUCAGUGCGGGAAGGAGUUCGGUACGAGACAACUUCUGAAGAAGCAUUGGAUGUGGCAUACCGGAGAACGUUCGCAUGUGUGCCCUCAUUGCGGCAAGGCCUUCUUCCAGAAAGGUCAUUUGACGCAACACCUGAUGAUUCAUGCUGGAGGAAGACCGCAUCAAUGUCAUUUGUGCCAAAAAACGUUUAUAUUCAAAUUUGAUUUGAAUCGGCACAUGAAGAUACAUGCAGAACGAGGAUUCUCUUGUGAUAAAUGUGGACGUUCGUUCAUUAAACAGUUACAACUUGAUGAGCAUUCGCUGAAAUGUAAAGGAUCUUCGGGGAAUAGGUGA